GGUCUCGAUUCUCCGUGGAGGGCUGCUCAACUUCUAUCCCAAGUUUUACCUAAACGUUGAAAGUGCCGCACAGAGGUUUCAUAAUUCCCAGACCCUUAUUGUCGCCCGAGGUCCCCAGCACAGCAACAAUGGCUCCCAAGGCUAUCAUCGCACCCUCAAUUCUUUCGGCAGACUUCGCCAACCUCGGUGCAGAAUGCUCCAAGACCAUAGCCCAAGGCGCCGACUGGCUGCACGUCGACAUCAUGGAUGGCCACUUCGUCCCGAAUCUGACCUUUGGCCCUCCGGUAGUAGCCAAAAUCCGCACCCACGUCGACAGGCCGGCCGCGAGCUAUGGAAAGGGCACAUUUGACUGCCACAUGAUGAUAGCCGAGCCCAAGAAAUGGGUCAAGGAGUUCAAGGCGGUCGGCUGCGACCUGUAUUGCUUCCACUACGAGGCGGCCAUCGACUCCUCCGCAGCCGAGAGCCCCCAUCCGGACGCCGCCACGGACCUCAAGACCAACCCGCGCGAGUUAGUUCGGUAUAUCCACGAGCAGGGCAUGCUGGCGGGCAUCGCUAUCAAGCCCGCAACCUCAGUGGAUGUGUUGUACGACGUGCUGGAUAGUCCGCAUAAGGCAGAACGGCCCGAUAUGGUUCUGGUCAUGACUGUAGAGCCUGGCUUCGGCGGACAAAAGUUUAUGGCAUCCGAAUUACCUAAAGUUCAGGAGCUCCGGAAGCGGUACCCGGAACUCAAUAUUGAGGUGGAUGGUGGACUGGGGCCGGGAACCAUCGAUCAGGCGGCUGACGCUGGGGCGAAUGUGAUUGUUGCGGGGAGCGCUGUGUUUGGGGCAAAAGAUCCAGCCGGUGUGAUCUCAUUGCUCAGAGAGGCGGUGGACAAGCGAGCUGGAAAGUUAUAGUGCUGUGCAGUCAGGCGUUAGACCUCUGAUAGAUACCAGCAUUUAGAGCAUUCGAUUUUGCCUCUGCCAUGUGGCAGGCUAUUAGGCGCAGAAGUUGUGUGACGGUGAUUAGUUCAUUGGAUAUCCAGGUUCCAGCACGCUACCUUAGUAGCUCUUCACUUCCGACUAUCCAACACUCUCUCGAGUGCCUCGAUGAAUCUCCUUACCUCAUCCACUGCACCGUAUCAGCCUUCCAUAAUACCUUGAACCCUUGAGUCGCAAUGAACAACACUUACCAGUGUUAUAAUGUACCAUACUGACUCUAACCACGCCCUGGUCUCCUAGGCGCAGCACUUCAUCCGCCAGCCUUGCUGAGUAAAACGACCCCCAGCGAAACCCA